AUGCUCAGUCAAUUACAAAUACGGCAGCAUCCGUAUCGAAUACGAAUGAUUCGACUAUAUACUUCAAACUCGCAUUCCUUCCAAGCGCUGAUCACUAGAAGAACAUUGGAUAAGCACCACCAGUCUGUUUACCAUCUUCUUAAUAAACAACGCACAAAGUAUAAUUCAAAAAAAUCAACUGUGUAUCCUACAUUGGAUCACCUACUCAUUUGCAUAAAGAAGCUACAAGAAGGCCGACUAGAUCAUGUCCAACUAGUUAAAAAAUUUCACAUACAUGACAAGAAGAGACUCAAUAACUUUAUAGAGCCUUUAAUAUUCCACAGUAUAUUGUCUUUGUACUUCAUUUCCACAUCGACAUUCCCCAAUAGCAUUAUAGACAUACAAGAUGGUCACUUAUCAUCAAUCAUGGAGCAAGCUGGUGUUCAAGGUUCACCUUCCUCCGAGUCGCUAUCUGAGGUUGCAUCGCACUUCGAUUUUGAAGUGCUACCACAUAAUGAAAGAGCCAUUGCAAACUUAAUGGCCUCGGUAAACUUAAUAGAAACCAUUUUCCCAAAUUAUACCUUAUCAAAGGAUAUUAUCCCCUGGAUGAAGACUAUUGCGUCUCCAAAUGUUACAGAGAGUUGUAACUCGUUAACGUCGUUGUUGCAUAUUCCACCGUGCGUACUUACAGACAUAGUACUACGCACUCCGAUGAAUAAAGAAGAAUACUACUUGCAACUUCAAAUUUGGAUUGAUUUCCAAGCACAAAUUGCUAUUGCAUAUCAUAAUCAUUCGAAGCAUUUGAAAUCGGGGUUGACUAGUUUAAUAUAUUACGGAAUAGAACAUGACUCCAACAAAUUGCCUGAACUUCUAGCUUCAACUUUUCAGUAUUACAAUGGGAGUGAUAGACAAUUCGGUUACAAGCAUACAAACUUUUUGACUAAAUCAUUUCUAAAUAAGUUAAUUUGGGACAUUCUGUAUAAUAACCUUCGUAAUAGUCAUAACAAAGUACCGCUGACGGAAGCAAAUAUAACCAAAUCGCAAGAGCAUAUCUUAAAACAGUUGUCUCUCAUGUUCCCAGGAGAGAAACCUUUAGCCAACUUAGAAUUAAAGGGGUACAUGGGUAUCAUCUUGGCUAUACAUAAGUUGUCAUCGGAAAAGGCACAAAAAUUAAUGGAACUAGCAGAGCAAAAAUUUGAUCCUAUUUCCUCCAAUUUAAGUCUGUCGGACUCCAUUGCGUAUCACUUUACAAAAAUAUCACUUUCAAAGUCCCCGGAUCGAUUAUUAUAUCAUUUUAAUACAGCAGCUGAUAGUUUCUCCCAUUCUUCUUUAGUUUGGCUAUCAUUCAUUAUCAAGUUAGAGGAGUCUGGUUUGCUAAAUGAGAGCAGAUCAUUGAAAGUAAUUAAACAAUUGGUAUCGAAGCAAGAAAAGAUUUUGAUUACUAAAGACAUAAUGUUGCGCCUUUUAAAGCCGCUAAAUACAUUAGCGGCCAUUGAACAAUUGAUUCAAGCCCUAGAAGCAUCUGAAAUUGAGACUCUUACCAUUGCCCAUAAAAGUUCCAUUUUACCUAAGUAUCUAAGAUUAUUAUAUCGUAGUAUUAGUGAUGAACUGCCGCCAGAAUUUAUACCUCGCAAGUUGCUACUUUCUACUUUUAGAACAAUUUAUUCAAGAGUUGAAUAUUGUCGUCAAGUGUAUGAGUCUGUAGAAUACAAGACUUCUAGUUUGGUUGGGAUAUUUUUAUCUGGAGAGUGCAAUAUUCAACCAGAGAAUCUCUACGAAGUAUAUGAGAAGGAACUUGGUCAAAACAAUUUGCUACCUAACGAGGAAUGCUUGGUUGCACUUCUUAAUGCAUCAUGUACUACCAACUCCGAAGGGGAAUGUAUAAUGUGGGGGCAGAUGUAUGCCCCCCAACUUGCAGUUCAUGAAUUCCGAAAACAAGUAAUGAGUAAAAGUUUCCAAGAUGGAGAGCUAAAUGACAGUACGAAGAUUUACCCUACGGAUCAUCUUUGGCUAAGGUAUAUCUAUGUGCUUUCCAAAUAUGGAUACGUAGCAGAAUUGUCAGCGAUAAUGGAGUGGUGGGUUUCGAUAGAGUUUAUUCCGAGAUCAGGUACUUUGCUAGAGUUGUUACUUGCACUUCCACCAGAAUUUGGAGAGAGACACAUACGACACAUGGAAAGUGUUUCUCUGUCCAAUGCUAGACUUCUCGGCGAGGCUGGUGAAUCGCACAGGACUUCGAUUAACGAAUGGCCAUGGCCAAGCAGAGACAAAUUGGCGGAGGCAAGAAGAGACAAGGUUACAUAG